GGUGAAGAAAGCUCAUAAGAGACGGAGGAGGGGUUCUCUCUAUAGCAAAGCAAAAGGGCAAAAAGCCAUGGACGAUCUUCCAUUGCAUAAAGUCUCGAUCUCAGGUCCGAUCUUAGCAUCAAUGAUUCAACGAUUCAUCUCUUCCCCAGGCGACAUCGAAGGUCUUCUCUUCGGCCGAGUUACUCAUCUCACCAUCACCAAUUUCUCCGACGAUACUUCCACUUCCACUCCCGAUUCCCCUACUCUCCUCGCAACAGUAACCUCCUUUCUCUCCUUCAACUCUUCCGGCGAUCUCUCACCCACUUCCGUACGCCGCCUUCUCUCAUCACCCCCUUUCUCCGAUCACAACAAUUCCCUCCUCGGAUGGUUUUCCGGCCGCCGCAAAACCCCCAUUCGACCUUCUCUUCGUGAUUCAUCUCUCACUGCUUCUUUCUCUUCAGAUACCCAGUUCUCUCUACAGGUUGAUAACUCCUCCUACAACAUUCCCCCUUGCUUAUUCUUUCUAUUUACUACUCCGAUUCAAGAUCAACUUAUCCAUACUCAUGAAUAUAGAGCUUAUCAGUUUCGAUUAUCUACUGAUAGCUUUGAGCCGAAGACCAUUGAUGUGGUUAACCUUGGUCCGGCUUUUCGUGGGCAUUAUGGUUCGUUUAGCCCUAAUUCACCUUUCCCAGCUAUCCAUUGUGAAAUGAAAGCAUCCGGCUCCUCCACAUCUGAUGAUGGAAAGAUUGAUAAAGAAAGUUUGAUGGGUAUGAAGAAAUUCUCCAAGGAUCAAAAAGAACUUGACAUGGUUGCUGAUGGGUUUCAUAUCAGCCGUUUGAACAGCUUGAUGGGUCCAGAAGCUGCAAAUUACACUUCCGAAUUGGAUAAUCUGUAUGUGAAAAUGCUGGCUAAAUUGGAAAAGUUGGGUAGACUUGUGGAGAAGAGCUCGGCUAAGGUGUCUGAGCAGGAGAAUCUGAAUAUGAAGUUAAGGUAUAAGGUUGCUGGUAUGGAGUAGUAGUAGUAGUUCGGAUAUUUCUUUUGUAAUUUCCUUCAACAAAGGUAAUAUAAUAUAUGUAAAAUGUUCAUGUGUGUUGUUUUAAUUAGAACAAGUCCCCACUAGAAGGAUAAUGUUAAAAGCAUAAAUGGCUUUCUUAUUGUCUUGAUGUUGGAAUAUUUGAUCAUAUCAGACUCUUUUUUGUUGAUAUGAACAGAUGUGCUUGCUGAUCUUUGUUUGAAGGAUUUCCAAAUUGUAGUAUAAAUCUAGUCCUUGUUUUAUUUUGGGUUA